AUGUUUGCAACAUUAAUUAAAAAUUAUCCAAAAGAUGUAAAUAACUUCCGAGAUUUAUUACAAAAUUUAGAUGAUGGAUAUUAUGUUGAUAUUUCGGAAUUAGAGGAUCGUUCAGUUAAAAAUAUACUCACUGAUAUGUUUAAAGAACAUUUUAAUUUAAAACGUGAUAAAGAAACUAGAGAAUAUAAGAAAAGAUCAUCACAAAAGGAUGAAUCAUUGGUAAAGAUAUUCGAAGAUUUUACAGAAAAUUAUAAGCCCGAAACAACUCAACCAAAAUCUUUAUUGGAAGCACAUACACAAAAAUUUAAUAGUAGUCAACCAGAAGUGGAAAGGAGAAAUUUAGAAAGCAGAGGAUAUAUGACUUGGAAUAGAGAUCGUGAUAUGGAAAAUCCUUGUUUAGCAGUAGAUAAGAAAAGAUUAAUGGAUACUGUUAAUAAUGCAGCAAAAUUCUCUCAAAAGUUCAAUUCUACGACAGAAUACAAAUUUAUGUAG